AUUUUAGUUAAUUUUUUUUUUUAAAUUUCAUAGUUAUUUUCGCUAGUGGAGAUGUGGACAUGGACAUAGACAUGCCAUUGAGUGGUAAACUGGCAAUUGUUGCAGCCACAGCCGGUACAUUCUUUGCCCUGGGUGCCUACUAUCAGCACCAGCAUGUGAUCCGUAAUAUUAAGAAACUGGAACAGCAGAAUCCACAUGCCUAUUUCAUUCGACGAAAGCUCUACGGACUGUUGGAUAUCUUCAACGUGAGAGCGAUUACCGAAUGCUAUGAAGAGAUCCCGGACAACAAUUCGCACAAGAUGGGCGCCGUCAUGAAGUACGGGUUUCCGAGCAUGAACGAGAUAAACCUAAACGAGACCUUUAACUUUGUGACCUCGUUCGACCGCCGUAACUCGGCAAUUCAGUGGAUGUGCGAACGCGUUGAUGAAUCCAGCUAUACAAAUGCCACGGCACAAGAGUAUCGCAGCCUCUCAGUACGCCGUAGGCCAUUUGGAACGCUGCCAAGCAUCUAUCAGCAGUCGGAGGCUGCGCGUGUUUUCUUCAUGUCGAACAUAAAACCGUUUUUGGGCCGGGGCUUCAAUGCCGGCGUCUGGGAUCGACUGCUGCACUACGUGCAUGAUAUGGCCCAAAAUCAUGGCGUAGUGUUUGUGUACACUGGAUCCAUUUACCUGCCACGCGAAAUGAAGAGCAACAACUGGUAUCUGGAGUUUCAGCCGGAGGACAAUACGAUUGUCGCCAUACCGACGCAUUUCUUUAAGAUUAUUAUCAUCGAUCCGAAGCAAAUCAAUAGCACACCCUAUGCGGAAGCCUAUGUGGUGCCCAACAUAGCCAUCAAUGAUAACACCGAGCUACAUAGUCUGCUAUGUGAUGUGCGCGACAUCGAGAACGCGACGGGAUUAAAAUUCUUUGAGGGUCUCGAUCGCAACUUUGUCAAUACCCAAGUGCCUUCUCCUCAACGACUGGAAAGUUCUCUAUCUCAAAUAAGUGAUUAGCUGUAAUAAUUGUUCAAGCUUCUUAGUUAAAUAGCUUUUAAGAUUGGCUGAACCCGAUAUGAAUUAUGUUUUCACCAAAAUUCCACAACUAAUGUUUCAUACACUUCUCACUAUAUAUCUCAUUAUUUUCGUUAGUCCAUUUAUCUAUUACUUAAACUAAGACUUUUCAAAAAAUAUGCCAUAUUUUGGAUAAAUAAAUAUUUCAGAUUGACAUCCUAGAAAAUAAAACAAA